AUUCCUUGGCUCUGCUGUCUUAGCCUGUCUAUCUUCCUGGCAAUAUGGACAGGUCUAAUGAAGGUAUGUUAUUCUAUAGAUACUUAAUCUGGAUCUAUGUUAAUUUUUAUCAUAAUUUUAGCUGGACUCGCCAAAGCUAGCCCUUUAUGCUUAAGUUUAUGUACAAUUUUCUAUUGUUGUCUCACUUUGUCUUGCAUUGCUAUCGUCAUUUUUUUGGGUAUCAGAAAUCCAGUUGCAGGCCCUACUACUUCUCUUCAAGUUGGAGAUAUUCUAUCUAAUAGUUCUGCUCUAAUAAAAGCUAAUUAUUCUGUAUCGUCAGCUACAUUUUUUAUGUUACCAGAAGGUACUGUAUAUGUGACAGCCACAGAACCACCGAAAAUUACUGACCAUCUUCCUCCUAAACAUCUUUCCGUCGGUUCAAUUCGAUACGAUUUGAAUUACCUUGGACUCGUCACACCAAUCUAUUUACUUCCUGGAUCUAUACUUCAUUACAAUGUAUCAAUAACAUCGAAUGAAAGACUUGAUUCCUCAUAUUCAGCUUGUUUAUAUCUCUUCACAAGUCUUACUCGAUUUCAAAAUUUCUUGUCAUUUGUAGAAAAUGAUAAUUCAAGUAACAUGAUUUCAUAUUGUUUUACAUCACCAGUUACUCCAAGGCAGCCUACUCUAGCAUCUCAUUCUUUUGACAUUGUUGAAGCUUCAAAAUAUUAUGUUGGAGUUGAAUUAGUAAGUGGUGUCAAUGUCAUUAUGAUGGCUAAUGUUUCUGUUGUGCGUGUAUAUUAUGAUACAAGAGGUCUUUCACCGCAUUGUAACAUGGUUCAAUUUUGUUACAUUGAUAUAUGUGAUGAAUUACUCUGUAGUCACUCUUCAAGUUCAGCUACUUACAUUCUUGUUCAAGCACCUGCAGAUAGUAGUAUACAAUAUGAAAUAACAACAGCUGCUCUUUUUGGAGCAAAUUAUGCUUACUUUCUUUUAGCUUUGUCAUUAGGAAAUUUCUCUUUUUGCUGCUGCUUCAUCUGUUAUUAUUGUUGCUGCAUUGCGUUGCGUAGUCUAUCAAUUGAUGAUAGCUCUGAAGGAAGAAAUUAUUCCCGAUUGAAGAACUAUGACGACUCAGAGUUUGAAAAUUCUUCUCAUCAGUGGGAUCAUGAGGAAUCAAAUGCUAACCAAAUUCUCAGAAACUUUUCUGAAUUUGAACAAUCUCAAUUAACAAAUUAUUCAGAAGAUUCAAGCGAACAUGACAACUCAGGAUUUGAAAAUUCUCCCCAGCAGUGUGAGGAAUCUCGGUUAACAAAUCUUUCAGAAGAUGUAGAAAAAAAUUACCAUGACAACCCGGAGUGUAAAAAUUCUAUUAUUUUUUCACAAUUUUCUGAACAUGUUCCACUGACUCAUCAUGUAGAAGAUGUUGAACUGAGCACAGUCUCAUCAUCGGAUUCAUUAAUCUCGGAGUGGCUUGAGACACACAAUGAGACUACAGAGUCAUAUCUCUCAAUUAAUAGUAAUUUUAUUACUGGUUAUGAAAUAGAUGGUUUAAAUCAACUGAGAGAAGAAAAAGAGCCUGACCUUCAGCUAGUUGAUUUUUCAGCUGAGACACACUGCUAUCUUAAAAACCAUGGACACCAAGAUACAAGCUUGGAUUCUAUUUGCACACUAGAUACAAGGAAUGAUCCCAUAUCAGUUGCUGCAGAUAUUUUUGGAGAUGUUGUUCAGAUUCCAAUAGACAGGAGUGGUUUAGUGCAUCACUGUAGUCAGUAUGGAGUGACUCUCAUUAUUCCAGAGGGAGCAGUACAAGAGUCAGCUACUGUAUGGUUUGGAGCAUGUCUCUUCAGUGAUAAGUUUAAGUUUGGUGAUUAUGUACCAGUCACUCCUAUUGUAUGGGUACACAUUGAUGCAAUAUUGCACAAACCUGCAGAAUUAUACUUUCCUCAUGACAUUGUAAUUUCCAGUGAAGCAGAUCUGGAAAAAUUUUCUGUACUAACAGCUGAUGAUAAGGGUCACUCCAGCAUACUGAAAUUUUACCAAAAGUGUCAUUCCCCAGCUGUUGAAGCCUGUUUAAAGUUUUUGCCUGUCUUUAAAAUUGAAUGCCAACAUUUUUGCUCAAAUUGUGUUGCCAUUCACAACAGACAAUACAAAAGGAUUGCCAAACGAUACCUAAUGGCACGAGCUGAGAAGAGUGAGAACAAUUGUUUGACUAUUGAAUUUAUCUUUUUAUGUCUGCAGCAAGGCUGUAAAAAGAUGAUUGAAGGUCAAUGUGCUAAACAAGGAUUCACGAUAACAUCGUAUAAAACAAUAACUUUUACUGGAGAUGGCCAAGUAUCACUGUCUCUUGAACCAGAUUCCUUUGAUGGUUGGAAACAAAAGUUUGAUGAUCUACACAGUGAAUAUAUUUCUGAAAAAAGCAUAGAUUACUAUGAAAUUAUGGGAUGUGAGAAAGUUGGAGAAGUGACUGAAGAUGAGCUUGAACGACUUGAUCUUCUAGAAGAAGCACUUGCAUAUCCUCCUCGCUUCAGAUUAAUUUUUACAAGAGAUGGUUCAUUUGGCCAACACAGUAACCAGGAAGUGACAGUCACAUUCAAUCAAGUUGAUCCACCAUUAGUCAGUAAGAUCUAUUUGGAGGGUCAUGGAGCUGCACAGCCUUUGUCACCUGCAUCUUCAUCAACAAAUAGUCAAUCAUUUUCAAUUGAUACUGAUCAAGAGUUAGGCGAGAUGAUUCACAUUAUUACAUCAGAAAAUUUCCUGAAGGAGAAAUGGUACACAUUUGGAUACCAUCUUAAACUUGAAACUGACCUGCUCAAUGAGAUUGAGACCACUUGCACUAACCCUAAUCAGUGUACAAGAAGAGUGAUAUUACACUGGAGAGGGAUAAACAAACCAGAGUCGGGUACAGAUGGAUAUACAUCAUGGGAGCCAGUAGCAACAGCUCUCACUCAAGUUGGGCUAAAUAAUUUAGCUCGCAAAAUCAAACGUCACUUCAAUCCACCAAUUGAACCCGAAGCAACAAAUCAGGGAGUUUAUUGUUCACUCUGUAAUGAAUAUCAUGGUGAUGGCUUGCAGCAACAUGCAUCAAGUACUAUAUCUAUAUUGAACAGUUCCCCUGAUAUCUCUCAACUUACUAACUUGGUAGCAGCAAAGAUUGAAGAUAAGUAUUUUUUGUUUGGAACAGCAGUUGGUUUAAACAUUGGUUACAUAAAUGGCCUUGGUUCUGAUUAUCGUAUGUGUAAAGAGAGAUUUAUUCAAGUACUUUAUACAUGGAGUAAUAGUAAACCCAAUGAAUUCACAUGGGACAAUGUUAUUAAAGCAUUACGUUCUGACACUGUGGAUGCUGCUGAAGUAGCUCUUGAUGUUGAAGAUCAUCUUUUCUCUAAGACCAAGUAGAGGCUCAUGAUUUUUAGGGUCAUGUACUUAUGCAAACAGUAUUUUUUAUCUUUUUAGUAUAGUGUAAUAAUUAACUUUUAGCAAUGCUGAAAAAUUACUACAACUAUAAAAAAUAGUUAUGAACAUGAUAUCAAUAUUUGAAAA